AUGUUCCUCCACCUGGACGCAUCCGUGGUGGGCGUGGCCGCGGUGGGCGUGUCCCAACGCGAGGCCCCGCCCCCAGGGGCCGUUAAAAUCACCCCCGCCCACGACGCCACCGACUUCGAGGUGGGGCAGCGGCACGGGCUGGGCGUGGCCUCGGUCAUCGGCGAGGACGGCGCCAUGGUCGACGUCCCCGCGCCCUUCCUGGGCAUGCCGCGGUUCCGGGCGCGCGCGGCGCUGCUGCAGCUGCUCAAGGAGCGGGGGCUGUUCCGGGGGGUGAGCGAGAACCCCAUGGUGGUGCCCAUCUGCAGGUCAGCGCGUUUUUAG